AUUCUACGACUUCAAGACAGACGCAUCGUCCUGCUGAGACAUCUCGAGAUGCAUGGAUGUGGAAGGGGGUCCGAAGACAUGAAGUGUUGGGCACAAUUAAUGCCUCGGAGUUGAAUCUGUGGCCAGAUGCGGGAAAAGUGUCAAGCUCACCAGGGUGUGAUUUGAUAUGUAGUUACAACUGGCAGAUUGGAGGUGCAGAGAUUAUAAGUCCCGGAUGCAUGCCGAAAUGGAAGGAGAUUGACCUGCCUGUUAGUCUUACACGGACUAGAAGACACCGUCCCCGCUCUACCGAUAAAGUCUACAUGCCUCGCCAUUCAUUUGAACCGCUUUUUAUAGCUGUGGAGGUGAUGAAUCCCGGCCUCCGAUUCAACGAUGUUGACAUUAUUUGCAAUCGAAAUAGUCUGAGGAACCUGUUAUUAUUUUGCAGCCAGAAAUUCCUAGAAAGUUUCCGGGUCAACCUUCUGGUGGUCAACAAUACUCUGUUCAUUGAAAGAUGCGAGCGUGAUGCAUCGACAAUGAUUCGAGCUUCAUACGAUCAUGGAUUCGGUCGAGUGUUUGAGAGUGCUUGCACAACCUACCCCGAGGGAUUGGAAGCCAGUUCUUCUCACCACUCGGUUUUGCGAUAUCCUUUGGGCGACUUGAAUUGUAUCGUCCGUUUUGAAGUCGAUGCUUCUUAUCAUGAGGACCGAGAGCCGGGAGGUUCGGGAUCAACAAACAUGAUAGUGGAUCUUGGUUCCCAGUCUUUAUGUUCCCGAAUGGAAAACCUCUCGACAGACUGCUCACAAUCACCAGACCUUGGAACCAUCCAUGCAGCUGAGUCAAUGAGGCAGGCUGGGUUAAGGCAUCAGACGACAGCAGCCGAAAUCAAAACCGGUAGUCAACUCAACCCUCCGAACAAAUACAUGCAGCAGCUCUGGUUUGGGCGAACCCCCCGGCUGAUUCGUGGCGUCCAUUCCAAUGGCACAUUUCACAAGGUGGUGGUCACUAAUGUUUUGGCCUCGUUCAAAAAAUGGGAGGAGGAUCACCAGACGCAGCUGCAAAAGUUGGUGGUCACGCUCAAGCAGCUGCGUAGCAUCGCUCAAGGUCUUGGCGGAGGUAACUGUGUUGCCAUAUUCGAGAAAUCGUCUGAUUCUCGAACUCUCAGGGUUUUCAAGGCAGCCGAGGAGAAGAAAGCAUUGCCGGAAGACAUGAUGGUGAAAUUUUGGGGGCGG